AUGUCUCUCAGAGAAGUCCAAUCUCUACAGAAACCAGAGAUCUCACAUGGGGGAGAAGUUUUCCUGUUUCGAGUGCGGGAAAUGUUUUCCAUGUAA